CAGUACUUAUGAUGACGUUGUCUGCACACCUGGUCCUCACCUUAAUGUCAUUAUUGGUACAAAUGGAGCCGGAAAAAGUACGGUCAUCUGUGGUAUCUGUUUGGCUGUUGGAGGCAGUCCAAAAGUCCUUGGUAGAUCUGAAAGGAUGGGCGAUUACAUCAAGCAUCGUCGUGACGAAGGCUAUGUGGAAGUAUACAUUGCUGAUGCUCAAAAAGGAGAGCAGCGAGUUAAGGUGCUUCUUCAAAGACCUAGUAGUUGUACUUACUCGAUAAAUGGAUCCCGCACUACGCAACGUGCAGUUCGGGACUUCGUCGCCUCCUAUAACAUUCAGAUAGACAAUCCGUGCACAUUUCUUGCUCAGGAUAAAGUAAAGAGCUUUUCCGAGCAGUCUCCUGUAGAGCUACUCAUGAAUACAGAAAGGGUAGCCUUUUAA